AUGCAACUUCCCAAGCAAUGGCUCUAUGUCAUAGAGCCAAGUCUAUCAGCAAGUCUGGUCAUCUGGAAACUCAUUGUUGCUGACACUGCCACUGCUGUGGUGUACCUCUGGCAUGACUGGGAGUCUGACAUCACAAAGAUUGCACUCAAUCUCCUCCAAAAAGGAAUCACUUUCAAGACAUUGCAAGCCAUGGCAGUUGUGCUUGACACACAUCGCCCACUAACAGAGCUCCAUUUAUACUCACCAACCUACAUGCUCCCACCUUUCAAGGCCAUUUAUACAGAUUAUGUUGUGUAUGAGCAGCAUUGCCAUAAAUUCAUGAAUCAGCCUCAUGCAAGGGCUACACUUUUUCAUGGUGGGCUCAUAGAGGCUGGCCAUGCAUAG